UAGGAGUGUCAUGUAACAACUUCAAAUUUUCAUAGGAAAACAGAAAAUGGCUUCAAGAGGAACAACAGAGACCAGUAAACUAAAACAAAACUUGGAAGAGCAGUUGGAUAGAUUAAUGCAGCAGCUUCAAGAUCUAGAGGAAUGCAGAGAGGAGCUUGAUGCAGAUGAGUAUGAAGAGACCAAAAAAGAAACUCUAGAACAGCUGAGUGAGAUCAAUGACUCCCUGAAGAAGAUUAUGUCUGGAGAUAUGACUUUGGUGGACGAGCUCAGUGGGAUGCAACUGGCAAUACAAGCAGCCAUCAGCCAAGCAUUUAAAACUCCAGAAGUCAUUAGAAUGUUUGCAAAGAAGCAACCAAGACAAUUGAGGACGAGGUUGGCAGAGAUGGACCGAGACUUAAUGGUUGGGAAGUUGGGACGAGACCUCUACACGCAGCAGAAGGUGGAAAUCCUGACUGCCCUCAGAAAGCUUGGGGAGAAGCUCACUCCAGAUGAGGAGACGUUCUUUUCAGCAAAUGCUGGUGCAGCCCUGAGCCAGUUUGAGAGAGUCUCCACUGACCUCGGAUCAGGAGACAAAGUCUUUGCUCUAGCAAGUUUUGAAGUAGAAAAGGCAAAACAAUGAAGAGGUGCGUGAGGCUUGUGUCUCUCCAGUUAUCAGCAGCACUGGACUUCUGUCAUAUUGCAUUUGUUUUUCUAUUUCUAACAUGCUGAAAAAAAACAGAGCAAAACAAAAAACCUAAACCUCUUGGGUUCUUAACCAGAAGAUACGAAGUCAACAGCCUUAAGUGCACUUUGGAUCCUUGGUGUCUGUACCCCUUAGUAACAUAAGCUCUGAGGCUGAACACUAAGUGGUACUCUAAAAACUAAAGCAUGGUAUGAUGGUCUUUGGAAAGAAUUUUGAACUCUUCUGAAUAUGUAUUUCUCUAACUAUUAAAACGUAGUCUUUUUGC